UUAACUCUACUUUGGCUAGCUCAUCUAAACAAAACGCUUUUAAUACCCCAAACAAAAAUUCUACAUAAUAAAUAAUUUUAAAAAAGAAAAACGUUUGAAGAUGUUCAAGGAACUUGUAGUGUUUGUGCACACAGCAGUUCGCAACUUCUUCCUGAUGCGUCCAACUGCAGUCGGACCACGUGGAAGCGCGUGUCGUGUCGUUGUUAAGAACAGUUGGUGGGCAAACAUUGUGUUCUUUAUUGCCAUCUUCACGCCGCUCUACGUCUGCCUGCUGAAGGAUGUGCUAGGACUCUUGCGUGACGUUAACUACAAGAUCAACCGGGGCAAUUAGAAACGAAUCUCUGCUUCCUCUCUAGUUAAAUGUGUUUCUGAUACUCCUAAAUACAUUUCAAGUUUUUGUGGCAUCGUCUUAAUA